AUGGCGAGUAGACAGAAUCCACCACUGAAGGAAUUGCAGGCUCUUCAGUUAGAUCUGGGACCAGUGAAUAACCAAGCCACCAAGGCUCAUGAACGCCUAAAACAGAAUCUGAGCAAGAGGCAAAAGACUCUCCUGGAUUCCAGAAGCAGCAACAUCCGGGGCAUCCCUGGCUUCUGGGCCCAAACUUUUGUGAACCAUCCCCAGCUGUCAGCAAUGAUCAGUGACCAAGAUGAAGACAUGCUUAGCUACAUGAUCAAUUUGGAAGUACAAGAACUCAGGCAUCCCAAGAGUUCCUGCAAAAUCACCUUUUACUUUAGAAAUAACCCAUACUUCCAGAAUGCAGUGGUUGUUAAGGAAUUCGUCGUGGAUAUCACUGGAUAUAGGUUGUGCCAUUCCACUCCCAUUCUGUGGCGUCAGGAUUAUAAAAUUGAAGCUGACAGUCACAGAAACCACAACAAGAGCCCAAACUUCUUCAACUGGUUUACAGACCACAAUUUUGCAGGCUCAAACAGGAUCACUGAGAUCAUCAGAAAAGACCUGUGGCUCAAUCCAUUGCACUACUACAAGAUGAUGAAAGCACAUGAAGAGGGGGAAGAAAAUGAAUCCCCUAUGAUCCAGAUGCUUACCAGGACUUCCUGUGAUGGCUCUGCACAGGGGCGCAAAGUGUGUUCUGCUCCUACAUCAUGGCUGGACAUAUUUAUCCCUGUGGAAUACCAAACAUGA